AUGUCCUGUAGCUGGCGACAGCAAUAUAACAACAUUUGUUGGGUUUUUUUCGGAGGGGGAGGGAUAAUACUAGGAUAGACUUGGCAGAGAAGCGAUGGUAAUAGAUGGGGAGGGGUGUGAGAAGACGGAAAAAAGGAAACCGAGACUAACGUUACGUCACGUAGGUUAAGGGAGGGGAUGCUUUGGAAAGAGAAUUCUUGGUUUAUAAAGUCGCACCCCUGCCUGUUCACCUUCAUAACAACCUCGCCAACUUAAUGCUUGACGAGAAUGAAACGUAACGUUCACCUGAUUUGUAAUUGACUACCGCUGACUAGCUUUAUCGAUUUCAUUUGUCUUUGUUUUGACAAGCGCAAGCUCACUGUGGCUACUGUCCCUACUGUAACAGUUGACUUAGCUGCUCAUCGUGUUUUUUAUUUUAUUUAACAAUCAUACAUCAAGAGGCAAGUAAGGGGGUGAAACUGGAAGUUUCUACCUUGAAGACGGCUCGUUUGUGAUUGCAUAAGUGUCAUAUUGUGUAGCUAGCGACGUCGGUUCCAGACAAAGGCGGUUUUCACGCCUUUGAAGGCGAAGAUUCCAAUUUGGAGUGUGUAAGGUGGGGGAGAACUUACCAAGGAGAUAGUUGAUGUUGGCAGUGAGAGACCGCUUUACUUCUGUCUGUGUAUGUCACAUUGACUUUCUACAGCCAAUGGAAGAGAAGACGGAAGAUAAUCUCUUUACAUGGAUAUUGCAGUGUGGUUAAGGACACCAAGAGAGUGAAAGGAGACUUUAUUUUCCUCCAUUUAAUUUUCCUUAGUUGCCAACUCAUUUUUUGUCGCUUGCUAAAGGUUUGAAAACACUGUUGUUUUUGUUGUUGUUUUUUUUGUAGUUUUUUUGUUUCUACUUUCCUUUUUUUAAAUUUUUUUAAAUUUUUUGGGCCCGUUGCAAAGAAAUGCUUUACCUGAAAAAGUACUUCACAGAGGGCCUGAUUCAGUUCACCAUCCUGCUGAGUCUGAUCGGGGUGCGGGUGGAUGUGGACACCUACCUGAGCUCCCAGCUGCCCCCGCUGCGCGAGAUCAUCCUGGGCCCCAGCUCGGCCUACACACAGACGCAGUUCCACAACCUCCGCAACACGCUCGACGGCUAUGGCAUCCACCCCAAGAGCGUGGACCUGGACUACUUCUUCACAUCCCGGCGGCUGCUGAACCAGGUGCGCUCCCUGGACCGGCUGCGUGUCCCCAGCACGGAGCUCAGCGCCUGGCUGGUGCACCGCGACCCCGAGGGCGUGGUUCCGGCCUCGGCGCAGUCCGGCCCCAGCGGCAUCGCCCUGGACAGUGGCGGAGGCGGUGGGGGAGGGCUGGACGAUGUGAGCGGCCCCGAGGGUUCGGCCAUGAGGGGCGGCGGAGGGGGCGUCGGGGGCGAGACGCCCGAGUCCGGCUACAGCCCCGGCAGCGAGGAGAACAUGGGCGCCGUGGCUCCCCGGGACGGCCAAGACGCGGACAACCUCAGCAAGGAGGACAUUGAUUUGAUUGACAUCCUGUGGCGCCAGGACAUUGACCUUGGCGCGGGCCGGGAGGUGUUCAACUACAGCAGCCGGCAGAAGGAGACUGAGGUGGAGAAACGGUCCCCGGAGCAGAACGAGGAGGGGCCAGAGACGGAGGGCUGGAGGAAUGGACUCAACCUGCAGGCGGGACAGACCCAUACCCAGGUGGAUGGAGAAACAGGCGAGAGCAUACCCGAGCAGCUGAGCAGCCUGGGAGCCCAGUCCUCAAUGUCCCUGCAGGAGUGCCUACGGCUGCUGGAGGCUACCUUCCCCUUUGGAGGGGAGUCCGAGUUUCAAGCUGCAGUGGUACCAGAGCUGGGGGAGCCUAGUGAGGAAAGCCCCUCCACCUCCCAGGGCUUCCCAUUGUUGCCUCAGACUGAACCUUCGCUGGACCUGGAGCAGCAGUGGCAGGACAUUAUGGCCAUCAUGGAACUGCAGGACAUGGAGGUGAACAGCACUGCAGGGAACGCCUUCCUCAGCAAUAACUUGGACAAUGGUAACAGCAGCAGUGGGAUGGAGUCUGGUUCCUUGACAAACUUUGGGCUCUCUAGCUCCACUCCCAUUAACCAGGACGUUAGCCUCCACCAGGCAUCACUCCCCAGCUGCAGUCAGGACUUUCCUAGCUUCUUCAGUCCUGAUCUGGACACUCUCAGGCCUUGCCGGCCCACCUUGCUCAGCCUCUCCUCCAGCAACUCGUCCAACGUCAACUCUACCUUUGGGGCCACAAACCUAACAGGCCUCUUCCUCCCGACACCACUCAACGGCACCAACAGCAUCAGCUCUACACCCUCGCUAACGGACCCUCUCAACAGUCUUCUGGAGGAGGCCAUGUUGGACGAGAUCAGCCUUCUGGACUUGGCCAUGGAGGAAGGCUUCAGCCAGGCCCAAGCCUCCCAGCUGAAGGACGAACUUGACUCUGACUCAGGCCUCUCGCUGGAUUCCAGCCGCAGUCCCGCGUCCCCCAGCUCCUCCGAGACUUCGUGCUCGUCCGCCACUUCCUCGUCCGCCAUGUCCACCACCUUCUCCGAGGAAGGGGCGGUAGGGUACAGCACUGACUCAGAGGCAGCCGAGCUGGAGGAGGGCGCUGUCGGGGGCCACCAACCUGAGCACAGCAAGUUCUGCCGCAUGAGCUACCAGGACCCCUCCCAGUUCCACCACCUCCCCCAACUGGAACACGUUGGCCACAACCACACUUAUAACCUCCCACCUUCGCCCUCGCGCUCAGAGCGCGCCCUGUCGCCCGACUGCAAGCGAAUCAGCCGGGACGCCAAACGGCAGGCCCCGCCCCAGCUGGACCUCCUGGACAAGCAGUCGAGCCGCGACGAACGGCGGGCGCGGUCGAUGAAGAUUCCCUUCUCCAACGAGCACAUCGUCAACCUGCCCGUGGAGGAGUUCAACGAGCUGCUGGCCAAGCACCGCCUGAGCGAGGCCCAGCUGGCCCUCGUCCGCGACAUCCGCAGGCGCGGCAAAAACAAGAUGGCGGCGCAGAACUGCCGCAAGCGCAAGCUGGACACCAUCCUCAGCCUGGAGCAGGGCGUGGAUGGCCUGCGGCGCGACAAGGCCCGGCUCCUGAAGGAGAAGGCCGAGUUCCUGCGGUCCAUUCGGCAGAUGAAGCAGAAGGUGCACAGCCUGUACCAGGAGGUGUUUUCUCAGCUGCGGGACGAGGACGGGCGGCCAUACCCAGCCAGCGAGUACGCGCUCCAGUACGGCAGCGAUGGCAGCGUCCUAGUCAUGCCCCGACGCCUGGCCGCGGAGCAGACCCGCAAGCCUGACAAGAAGCAGAAGGACAAAAAGAAGUGAGGGGGCAGGUCACCUUUUUUCAUUUGUUUGCAACAAAAAAAGUGAUGCUCUACAGAGGCAAGCAAAGUGUUUCCUUUGGUUUGACAUGACUCUGGUUGGGAAGAGAAGAGGGCGAUGUUCAUCUACUCGUUCUACCUUUAUUCCUUUCCCUUUCCCCCCCCCAGACGUUUUCAGCGCAGGAAAGGCUAUGAAGCACAAGUGCUUUGUCUUAGUUCUGAUUUUCCAUUGUUUUUUUUGGCAGGAAAGGAAUGGACUAGAAAAAAAGAUUGAGGGGAUUUUUUUUUUAUUCAAGGAACUAACUGCGUGAGAACAAACCUGUCCUGGAUCCCAUGGCAGCCAGCCAGUGAAGAAGAGGAGAUGGCAGUCUUGUGUUGCACAGUGAGGAGGAAGACUGGCCUAAAAUCCUAGUCAUGGUUCAUGGUCUCAAACACAUGAACAUCACAUAUAUUGAGUCUGCAUGGAACAGGCUACAACACAAUGCAGGCACAUUGUAAAUCAGCUUUGAAGGGUUGUUGAUGCUAUUCAUGGCUAAGUCCUCGGGAGCCAGAACCCAGGAUCAUGGUCACCCCUGCAGUAAAUACAAAGGAUGUCCCAAAGGUUAUAGGAGGCCUUGAGAACAUUUUGAGAAACCAUGAAUUCUGAAGCCAAAUUUCCAUUAAUGGGUUUACAGAAGUUGAAAUACAACCUAGCACUUUGGGACAAUACCAUUUUAUCUUUGACAUGGCCAACACUUACCGAGUGCUGUAGUGUUCUUUGUUUAUCCCAGGACAAACUUGAAAGGUGUUAGCAGGACCACACUUGCCCCAAACAUGCAGUUGCUAAUGAGCAAGGACUCCCAACACACUCCACUGUGUUCUCGACCUGGAGCUCCAAGGCUGAUUAUCCGGGAACCCAGAAAAGGGCAGCGAGGUUGGGAAUGGGUCCAGGGACAGCUGGGACUGAAGCUAAAGUUGGACUUUGGAGCCUUAGUUUGAAAGGAGAUGGUUUUGGAAUGAGGAAACAUGCAACAUAUUUAUGCAACAGCCUUUAUAUAUCCAUUCAAGGCACUGUAAGUGUCUGUAAACAGCUUGGCUGUAUGCGCCUUGCUUUGUCUCCCUUUCUGUUUCGAGAGAAAGAUUAUUUUACCAUCACAUCAGUGCUCAUCCCUGAAAAAGCCACAUUAUGGUGUCACAUCACCAGUUUCAGGAGAGAACUCUGCCCCUUAUCCCGACCUGUCACACCUACACAAAUGAUGUCAAUAACUGUUAAGGCUAUGCUUUUUGGUCAGUGUUGCUUUUUGCAUUGGACACCUUUGGCUUGGAACUUAAUGAGCAGAACAGUUGGAGCUUUUAGUCCCUUUGGGGCUGCUUCCCAACACACUGCGUUCGUCAACCCCAGUUGUCCCAGCACAUCAUCUUGCCAGUUGCAUUGCGAAAUUCUGACCCCCCCCAACCACAGCCAAAACAAACAAACAAGCCAGCAAAUCACCUCCCCUGCAUCUCCUACGCUGCCAGCUUGUGGGGCAUGGAGCUCUGUGCCUUACACUAUUGUUUCCCCUCUUUCCCUUCAGAAAUACUAUGCACCAUCAAAUCCACACUUGGCACCUUGUUCAUCACUUAAUCUCAAUUGUACAUUUAUAUUGGUACUUCAAUUAAGUGGACGAGAAAUUGGAAAUUUGCUUUGUCAAAGUGCUUCAUUCAUUCUACAUACAACACUUUAAGUAGCAAGAACAGUAUAAAGAACUGUAAAAAUUCUUGCCAUUUCAUGUAGGCUAUACAUCCACACUGCUGUUGGCAGGUGUAUAAAAGCUGUAAGGUAUUUUCAUACCUAGUGAAACAGCACAUUAGCAGUUUCAUAAUCAUAAUAGCUGUUAAUAUGAAUAAUAAUUUCCCCUGCUCAAGGCACUGUAAAACACUGUAAUUUGGGGAAAAUUAUGAUCCAUUGUUAUGAACAGUAGACAAGGUCUUUGCUAAUGAACUAAAUUAGAUGGGUCUGCAGAAAUGGCCUGCAAUAUAUUUGAGCAUGGUUUUGUGUUGAAUUAAUCUAGUGGAAUUUAACUGAUGCCAUUCAGUGUGAUGUGACUUCCUGAUAUUCUGAACUCCCCGUGCUUUCGACUGACAGAUUUGACAGAAAGCCCUUAAUUUGGGAGGUUCGAGAUUUGGAAAAGCACAGGCCCCAAACAGACCCUGUGUGCUUUCAGGACAGUACAGCCUUUAUUGGCAGUGGUUGUCUGUUUAUUGUCAGCAAACUAAAAAAAAAAAAAAAAAAAAAAAGGAAUUUACCCAAACCCACAGGAACACAAGACUAGCAUGUGACUGAAUGAGCUGGUCCAGAGCUGAGGGGACUUGUGUGCCAUUCAAGUCGAUGUCUGUGACCAGCAUUGUCCACUUCUGACCGAUCAGCUGGCAGUGGGGCAGGGCAGAACAUUGCGGUGAUGUACCAACUGCCAGUCUGUUUCAGUCUGUUCCCAUCUCCCCAAGCUUCUGUUUUGUGUUACUAUACCAACGCAGAAGCCAGACAUUUUGUCUCAAUGCUCUGCAGUAAACACUGAAGGGAGUUCUACCUUUCUGAAGGGAGUUCUUUGGUUCAUUAUUAAAAAUAAAAAUCUUGCAUUCCACUUAAAUGGCAUGCAUAGGGGUAGGCCGGAUAGUUGUUUAAAUAGGUGCAGGCGCUUGAAUAGCAAUGCUAUGUAGCUUUCAGGGCCAUUCAGGGUCAGUCCUGCUUUUGGUAUGUCGGUGAGAACUAUUUAGUUGCAAAGUCAUGCUCGCUUUUUGAAAAAAGGCCUUAACAGGUUUGACAGCAAUAUUAAUUUGAAUUAAUUUGCACCCAUCCUGAUGUCAUUUCCAUUUUCUUCGCGAUCCGUAAACAACUGACAAUUUGUUUUUUUAAAUCAAAUUGCUGGUGUCAUUCGACAGUGAUAUAUGCAGACAAAAUAAUCCAAAUGCAGAUGUCACUUGUGGCUGUUUCCAUCUUCAUGUUGAAAUAAAAAGACAAACAAAACUAACAAAAGUUAAGAGAAAUUUUGUUACCAAAAAGUGAGAAUUUCUUCUGCAAAACAAAAAUUUGAAAUAUUCGGCUAGGUUUUGUAUGUCUGCUUGGAGAAAAAAAAAAAUUACUUUGAUUGUACCUGUAUAUUCCAAAGCACUUUUUUCAGAUCAUGUCUUUGUAUUUGUUUUUUGAACACCUUUUUUGACACUCAAUUACAUUUGUCUGUAAAUAUUUUUAUGUUUCUUAUGUGUAUGACUUUUCUUUGUAUUUUUUUAGUGUGUUGUCUUAUGAAGCCUCUUCUCCCUUGUGUUGAUUUUGGUUGUAAAUUUUUCCUCUUUAUUUUACUUUGAAAAGUUUGCUGGCAAUCUGGGAUUGUUUUAUUAAUAAAAUGUUUUUAUUUUCA